AUGCGUCUCGUGGAGCAGUCGAACUUCAGUAACGGAAGUUCUACCACAAACACCCAGCAUCAUCAGCGACGUGCGACUCAUCCGUUCAUGAAGUCGCAUAGGUCCAAGCCUCGAAGAUGGCCGCUCGUCCUACGCUUCAUCAAGGGUGCCGUCCAUAGUGCCGUUCUCGUCCCACUGAUCUGUCACGCGCUGUUUACCGUGCUGGUUGUCUGCUUGGAUAAAUACGUCUAUGAUAGCCUGGGUUUACCACCAACAAUCAUACCUUCCCUCUCCAUCGUCGUCGGUCUCAUCCUCGUCUUCCGUAACCAAACGUCCUACAAUCGCUUUUGGGAUGGUCGCAAUGCCCUCACCACGAUCCACACCGCCAUCCGUAACCUGGCGAGAAGCAUCCUGCUUAAUUCAUGCAAUUGCAAUCGCCCCCUCACCGUAGCAGAAAGACAAGAUAUCGAGCGUACAAUUCGGGUCAUGAUCGCGUUUCCCUAUGCCGUGAAGAACUACCUACGCGCCGAAUGGAGCGUGGGAUGGUCAGUACAGCCGCUCAUCGAGAACGGUGCUGGGGUCGGCGGCGGCUCGUCGAAAGAGGAAUACGUAGAUUUGCUGCCCACCGGAUUUGCGUGCCUCGAGGAUAAUGGGUUGUCGAUCCCGUUACAACUGAGCUUUUUCGUCGAGGGCUUUAUCAAGCGUGGUCUCGAAAGAGGCUGGUUUGAUCCUCCAGGAGCGAGUCAAAUGGGAAAUCAAGUCUCCACGAUGGUCGACGCGUAUGGGAAGAUGGAAACUAUUAAAUUGACGCCUAUCCCUAUUGCUCAUCUCAUUCACCAAAAGCAGGUCCUCGCCCUGUUCGGCUGUGUUCUUCCCUUUGCAAUGGUUGACGACAUGGGAUGGUGGGCCGUUCCCAUUGUCAGCCUUGUCAUCUUCACCCUUUACGGGAUCGAAGGUAUCGGUUCCCAGCUCGAAGACCCCUUUGGGUACGAUAGGAAUGACAUCAAAAUGGAUGCCAUUGUGGAGGAUCAGCGAACCGAGAUUGAAGCCAUCUUGAACGAGUGGAAGCGGGUUACCGAAGUCUCGGAUGAAGCGGUUGACAUGAAUGGUGGGAACAAUGAGGUCAGAAAUGGUGGACGGUUUAGGAGGAGAGAAUUGUUUAUCAAUAAUGCACAGUAGGUAACUUGGAAGGUGAGCUACGUCAUGCUCAUUCACAGCCAAUUUGGGUUUGUAGAAGCUUGGUCCAUCCAGUGGUUUGUGAAAGCUUGUUUUGGAUGCUAUGUACUCUUUUUUCCUGGAUACGCUUAAGCAAGGUUGUCUCUUUGGAUGCCCAUUGAUCGUUCUUUAUUAUGCCUUGUUCUCAUCAACAUCCUGAUAAGGAGCCUGGAUUGCCUGGUUGAUUUUAAGAUUAUUUUGCAAACAUGUUACGCAGGAUUAACCUCCGAGAGCUUGGUUAUAGAUAUUAGUUACAUAGGUGCUCAAUUUGAUCAUGAUCAACGCUAUCAAUAGAGUUUCGUACUUGCAAAUGGAACACAGUUAAUUAUCA